GUGCUGAAGGAGGCCUUUCUUGCAGAUCCCACCUGGUCCAAGAAGGGCGACUUUAGAGCUGAAGCUCCUGCAGAGAUCCGAGCAGGAAGAUUAAUUAUUGAGUUGUUUGUCAAGGAGGUGCCCAAGACUGUUGAGAAUUUUAAAUGUCUCAUAGAUGGUUCCAAGGGCUUAGGGAAAGCCUCAAAGAAGCCGCUUCACUAUAAGGCAAGCAAAAAGCAAGCUAUAUGCUCUGGUUGCAAAUUCCACAGAAUUGUGAAGGGCUUCUGCUGCCAAGGAGGUGAUGUGGUCCGAGGAGAUGGAUCAGGAAGUGACAGCAUCUAUGGGGGCAAGUUCAAUGAUGAGAAGCCUGGACUGAAGCUGAAGCAUGAGACUGGCGUUGUGAGCAUGGCCAAUUCAGGGAAGAACACGAACAGCUGUCAAUUCUUCCUCACCCUAGCCCCAGCACCGCAGUGCGAUGGCAAGCAUGUUGUCUUUGGAAGAAUUGUGGAAGGGCUCCAAAUUUUGCAGAAAAUUGAUGAAGAAGCUGCUUCGGAUGAUGGGACGCCAAAGAAGGAUGUUACCAUUUCGGAUUGUGGAGUGCUGUAA